CAGCUGAUUUUGACAGCAAUGAUAACAUUAAAAAGUUAGUUGUGUAAAUUUUUUUCUGAAUCUCAUUCUUCUGUGUUAUCUUUAUUAAAUGAUGUUGAUCAAGAUAUUAUUUAAUUGUUUUUCUAGUCAUCUCUUGAAUUUUCAUCAUAUAUUUUUAGUUGAAUGCAAUAAUGUAAUGAGUAAAGCAUAAUUCUAACCUCUAAGCAUAAAAGUUUUUUUUUUUUUUUUUAUAAAAAUGCUAAUCUCCGUUUUCGGAAAUUGAAUAGAAAUAAUAUGGAAAUGGAAAUUGUAAAAGAAGAAUUAAGAGUACCAAGUGAAUAUUUAAAGUUAACAGAUGGAAGAAUUUGUGCAACUGUACACAGAAGUUGGUUGACCAGUUUGUCAUGUUUAGGUUCUCUCAAUUUUAUAAAGCAUGAACGACUUUCCGCUGAGGAAAUAGCUGCCCAGCCUUCUCUAGAAUUAUUAGGGACCAACUGGCUACAAAUUUAUAUAAAGGUUUAUGAAAAGCAAAAUAAAAAUGCCAUUCCUUUACCAAGGGGUAGACCAUCUGGAAAUUCAAAAGUUCAUACAGAUCUUACAUUUACUCAAGUUUUGCACUACGUAUCAGAUACGAAUUAUCGAAAUUUAUGGAAAGAAGCAUAUAAAAAAUAUUAUAGUCCUUGGACAAAUUUCGAGCAAAAAGAACAAUUAAACAUAAAUUCUAAUACAACAGACGCUCAAGUUAUGCAAGAGAUACUAAGUCGAAUUUACGGUUGUACGAUAGUUCAAAUUAAUAAAGGUAAAAUAGUAUCGAUAAAAUCCGGCUUGGAAACUCAAUCGCACUGUAAUCUAUUACCUGUGCUAUUUGCAAUUGAAACUUCUUCUGCCUUUUUAACGUUACAUGAGCAAACGGCACAAUAUUCUCUUCGAGAAUGUGUUACCUACAGUCCUGCAGCAUUAUCCACGUACUCUGCAAAGCCUCUUUUUCUCGUUUAUCAGCUGCUUCGCUUUUCUAGAGAUCUGCACGACCUGGGCCUAGUCCUGGGUGAAAUCACGCUUAGCGACAUAUUGCUUAUGGAUAAUCUUACUAUACAGGUUUUGCCAAAGUUGAGCGACAAUAUUUAUCUGUGGCCCGAUUCUAGUCCCGUGAAUACUACAGUGACAAGAAGCAAAAGUUUCUCAAAAUAUGAAUUGUCCAAAGAUAUUAAGACAAAUUUUGGCGAAAUAGGAUCUCCCGAUUUUGGUGCUAAUGAAAGUAUUGAAAAGCUUUGCGAACUUUGGAUUCACGGUGUUAUCAGUAAUUUCGAUUAUCUCACAUUUUUAAAUAAUUUAGCUGGUAGAAGAUAUGGUGAUCCUAGUUGUCAUCAUGUAAUGCCAUGGGUAACGGAUUUUUCAUCGCGAUACGGAGGAAAUUGGAGGGAUUUGACAAAAUCUAAAUUUAGAUUAAAUAAAGGAGAUAGACAAUUGGAUUUAACUUUUGAUUCCGAGUCAUCGGAAGUUGGACAUCAUGUAUCUGAUGUUUUGUCGGAGAUCACUUAUUAUGUUUAUCUUUCAAGAAGAUAUUCUAGAUCAGUUUUGUGUAAACAUGUAAGACCACUUUGGGUUCCUGGAGAAUAUCCGGUUUCUAUACAAAGAAUGCAUGACUGGAGUCCAGACGAAUGUAUUCCACAAUUUUUCAAAGAUCCAAAUGUUUUUAAAUCAAUUCAUGAAGAUUUGCCAGAUUUAGGCAUUCCAGCUUGGGCAACAUCUCCCGAAGAUUUUAUCGAAAAACAUCGAGAAGCCUUGGAAAGUUUAUACGUAUCGGAAAGGUUACAUCACUGGAUUGAUUUGACUUUUGGAUACAAACUUUCUGGUUCAGCGGCAAUAAAAUCUAAAAACGUUUGUUUACAAUUGGUGGAUAAUCAUACAAGUUUAACAAAUUCUGGUGUUGUACAAUUAUUCACACAACCUCAUCCACAAAAAAUUGUACCGUCUCCUUAUUGGAGUAAAACUCCGCCCAGGUUACAAGUAACAAAUCCAAAUGGAAAAACUGGUUCUAAAUCUUCUGGUGAGAAAGUGAGUGAAGAUGAGGAUCACAGUUCCGGUAUUGAAGAAGAAGAAAUUCAAGUUACAACUUCAAAUACCACACGUUCUUCUCCCUUGGCCUUGAGUCGAUUACUUAGUAGAUCUCGUGGAUCUUUACUAUCAACUGAAGAUUCCUCUAAAGAUAAAAAUAUCCCUCAAACGAUAUUUCUACCCAAAGAUUAUAAUCCAAUUUCUGCACUCGUUCAAGUUGAAACCAGACAUUCAUUUCUCAAUAAAGUCAGUCAAAAAAUUUAUUCACCUAAAAUGACAACUUCCGAUGGAAAUACAAAUUAUAAACAGGUGGUUGCCUGUCGUAGAAUAAAAGAACAACAAAUUCUUGGCUGUUUAAUUGUUGAAAUAUUUAUGUCGAGUAAAUUUCGUGCAACAUGGAAUAUGGAGAAGAUGUCUUUUGAAAAUCGUCUCACAAUGUGUUUAAAUGCUGUGAAAUCAUCACCAGAAUCAUUACCACGUUGUGUGAAAAAUGCCGUGGCUCUAUUGCUACAAGUAGAUGUUAUACCAAAGAGUUAUAAUGCUGAUUGCAUUGAAUCUAAUGUUCGACUUGAUUUCAGUGAGAAUUCAUUUCGUUAUCCAACUGUAACGCACAUGGGACUACCUCCACCAUCUGCACAUCAAUUUCUUCAACCUGUUCUCUCAGGUGGUCUCUUUCCUUCAUCAAAACAUUUUCAACAUCUCUUUAAUGUCGUUGAAAUGAUUCAGGAAUACAAUCUUUUAGUAAGAAAAUUAAAUUUCGUUACAUAUAGAAGUGAUGAUAAUGAGGCUAUGAAUAAAACAAGAAUUCGUUAUCUUUGUAAAAUAAGUGAAUGUAAAGUAAAAGCAUUAGCAAGAGAAUUAGAUCGACUUCUAGCAAAUACAGGAGUUGCCGCUGAGGCAAAUUUGCAAUUGAUUGUUCCGCAUGUUAAACAAAUAAUGGAGGAACCAUACAGUGCUGUUCUUGCUGCUUGGUAUCUUUUUGAUCCCAUUGCAAGAGCAUUGGGUCCAAAAGAAACAGCGGAAAUAUUUUUAGUACCAAUAAUUAAAUUAUAUGAAAAUGGAUCUGUUAUGGAUACAUUAACUAUGACUGAUAUUCUUCCAACGGGAUUAUUAGCGAAAUUUAAAACAAUGCGUCUUUAUCAUCGUAGUUUUCUUUUGAAACUGAUGGUUAGACUUGGUCUUCGUAGAUUUUUAGAUAAUUUUAUUACACCUUUAGUAGAAGCUGUGGGAGGCUAUCGUGAUCAUUUAAUGGGAUCUUCAAUUUCUAAUAUUCAUAGAUCCGGAAAUUUAAAAACUUGUGACUUGAGUGGUAGCUGUGGAGAUGGAGACGCGAUUUUAUCUCCUCUAGAUGAAGAUUCAUCAGUGGAGUCUGAAAAUAAUGUAGUUGGCAGUUGUGCAAGUGGAAGUCAUGACUAUAUGAGUAGUUCUGCAAAUGAUGAAGUUGAAGAGGUAUUUACAAUGGACGCAGAAGAUCCUAUCUCACCGUCCAUAAGCAAUGUUUCCAAUUAUAAUCCUGAUUUUAAUCUUGAGCUCAAUUUGAAUUUGAAUGAUGAUUUUACCGAUGAUGCAAUUAAAUGUUCUCCAUCGAGUUCCGUUCAAUCGCCGACAAUUCCAAUACCAAAACGAUUGGAUAACAGUGCAAGUAGAUCUGUUAUUGAUUUCAAUAGCAUUAGCUGUAAUGUUGGUAGUAAAACAUCGAGCGAAGAUGUUCCACUUGGUAGUUCGUGUACAGCAAGUAUUCCAGAAGAAGCUUUUACGAGUAAUACUCUUUCGAUAGAGUUUGAAACUUCUCAGACUUCAAGAACUCAAGAGGAAGUUUCGGAAAAAUUACGAAAUGAUAAAGAAGAUGAUACACAAGUUGAACACAGUCACAAAAGACUUUUCCCCGUGGAAUGUACAGUUUCGGAAAUGAGUACAGAAUCUGUUAUUUGGUUAUCUCAUCGUUUAGGACCUGUUCUAACGGCAAGAUAUUUAUCACGAAAUCUUUUGAGAAUGUUGACACUCUGCUAUGCGGGUAGGGAAAAUCUAUCGCCGGUAAUUUUAGAAGAUAGCGUCAGUGCUGAUGAUGGGGAUUGGACUAUUGUUUCGGGUGAUUUAAAUGCUGCGAAAAUUUUGGAGUGUCUUUCUGCAAUUGUGGGAUUGUAUGGAGAACAAAUUGUGAUAUUACAAUAUUUUGCUCACGCCGCUGAACUUUUGCUUCUUUGCAAACGAAAACUAACGCCGAAUUUUGAAGGCGGUUUAGUUUCGUGUCUUUCUCUUGUAAUAAGCAUCACGUCUUGCCUUAGUGACUCCACUUUAAUGGAUACACUACAUGAAACUAUCGUGAAAUCUAUUUUGCAUCCUAGUAUAAGAAUUCUUUCGACAACAAGAUUUACAUUUCCAAAUGGAACAAUUGCUCGUGCAACGUUAGCUGAAAAAUAUUUGCAAGCACUUUAUAUUCUUAGCGUACGUUUGGGAGUAACUAUGACAAAAACUCACUUGGCUGUUUCAAUUCAAAGAUUUUUUUUAACUUUUGAUAAAGUUUUCUACGUUGUGAAUAAUACGGCAAAAAUUGUGAGUCAAGUGUUAGCUAGUGAUGAAGAUACGAGAACUGAUACUUUGCAUCAUGUCCAAUCAACGGAAAGUGCUGUGAUGGACUUAGCGGAUUCUUUUUCACCACCAAUUUUAGAAGGAGAAGAAGGUUUCGAUCCACUGAGAAAUAAAGCAUUUGAAGAAUUAAAAAAUGUCUUCACUGCAGAUUUAGCGCACAAAGCCUACGUUUUGUUUUAUCGUUUCUUUGGAGAUGGAUUUUUGGAACAAAUGCUCAAAAAUAAUCAAUUAAUUCGAAUUCUUUGCCAAGAUUAUGAGCAAACAAUGAGAUUGACAUCUCCUGUAUCAGAAGAUACUUUGAACGAUGUAUUCCUGAUUGAAAAUGAAGCUUCCGACAAUCAAGAACUUUUUGAAAAGGAAACUGGUUUUGGAAAUAUAGCAGUAAUUGGAAAUCGUAUCGAAGUGCAGAGAGAUAACUUGUCACCACCAUCGCAAACAAUUUCCGAAGGGGGAAAUUUAUCACGAGAAUCAAGUUCUUUGUAUCUUGGACGACAACUACGAGGAAAUUGGCUUGCUUAUUGGGAACAUGAAAUUGGCAGACCAGAUAAGGAUACGACUUUAAAUAUAAAACAAAUUAAACUUCAGAGUUUUAAUGGUCACACAAGUAGUAUUAGAUCCACUUAUGUUUUGGACAAUGAAAAUAGUUUUAUGAGUGCAUCUAGGGAUAAAACUGUGAAACUUUGGAGCUUGAGAAGUCAGGGUGAUGGAAGUACAAUUUCCUCUUGUCAAUACACGUACACAGGACAUAAAAAAUCAAUUUUAGGUUUAAUAUUUCUUGAAUCAUUGCGAUACGCUAUCAGUUGUGAUGGCAAUAUUCAUUGUUGGGAUCCUUUUAUGGGUUCGUUGUUAGGAUGUCCUGAAAGUCCACGUCCAGUACCUGUUAAUACUCUAGUAGCAAAUCCUGCUCCAUCGACAACUAUUCUUGUCGCCACGACUGAAAUCACAUUAAGAGUUAUUGACUGUAGAUCUUUUCAAUAUGUUAAUGAAAUGAAAGUAUCAAUGAAUCCUGCGGGUUUAAUUCGAUGCAUCGCUGUUGCUCCAAGUGGAAACUGGGUGGCUUUAGGCCAAGCUUCCGGUUAUCUUACUAUUUUAGACAUACGCACAGGUCUUAUAAUUGCUUCCUGGAAGGGUCACGAUUGUGAAGUUUUACAAUUGCAAGUUCUAAACGAAACAACGUUAAUUAGUUCUUCAUUGGAUCAAACCAUUGCUGUCUGGAGUGCAAUUGAUGGAAAGCUAAAGUUUCACAUGAAAGGUGUUACAGAACCAGUUCAUUGUCUUUCUGUUUAUGAACAGCAACUCGUGACAGGAACGACAGCAAAUCGUAUCGGUGUUCAUUCAUCUGUAGACGUAACUGCACCUUAUUCGUCUUCUAAAUUGAGAUCAGAUGCAUUUAAAGGUAUUAUGACAUCUCUUACUGUUCUACCUCUUAACAGACUAUUACUUUUAGGUGCCGAUAAUGGCAUUAUUACUCUACUUUGCUAAACUGUUUUACGCAAAGUAAAAAUAGAAAUUGUAGUGAAAAUUUAUAAUUAUUUGUACAUAAAAAUAAUAGUUUAUAAAAUUAAUUUGUAUAGAAUAAGUAAACACUUUUUUUUAGUGUUUAUAAAAUAAUUGUACAUAUUAAAUUAAUAUAGGCAUAAUAUGAAAGUAGUAGAUAAAAUUGUAAAAAUAGAAAAUUGAUCAUUAUGAAGAAGUGUAAAAUUUUUUUUUGGAAUUUUACAAAAGAAAAGACUAUUAAAUCUUCAUAGAUAAUAUUUUAAGAAAUUAGAAUAGAUCUUCACGUGGUCAUUGAAGAUUUUUUCUUUUUUUUAUAAAUGUACAGUU